GACUAGAAAAAAUAAAGGGAUCCAUAAAUAAACGAAGAGAAGGAGCGGCCCGAAGCCUGACUUCUACGAAAUCCAGAUGAUUCCAACUAAAUUUCAAAGCUAGAAUACUCCUUCGAUUCAUCAGAGAGCAGCGGCGUAGUAGGAGGAGGAGAAAAAAUGAAGGCGAGAAUGAUGAAACCACCAAUCCUCUUCUGCUACUCGAUCUGUUCUGUGCUGAUCGUGGCGGCGGCGGUCACGGCGGCGCCAAUCGAGGACUUCAAGGUCGAGGACGGCAAAGUGCUGGUACUGGACGAGUCCAACUUCGAUUCCGCGAUCUCCACCUUCGAUCAUAUCUUCGUCGACUUCUACGCUCCAUGGUGCGGCCACUGCAAGCGCCUAGCUCCCGAGUUGGACAAGGCUGCUGCGAUUGUGGCCGAAUCGAAAGACGCCAUUGUUAUAGCCAAAAUCGAUGCCGAGAAGUAUAGGCGGCUCGCUGAUAAACACGAUGUGGAUGGGUAUCCAACUCUGAAGAUCUUCAUCCAUGGAGUUGGCAUGGACUAUUACGGUCCAAGGAAAGCUGAUUUGCUGGUUCGUUAUUUGAAGAAAUUUGUGGCCCCCAAUGUUGCAACUCUUGAUUCUGACUCUGCAAUUAAGGAGUUUGUCGAAGGGGCUGGCACGUUUUUCCCUAUAUAUCUGGGGUUUGGGUUAGAUGAGUCUACAAUCUCAAAUUUAGCUGUGAAGUACAAGAAGAAAGCUUGGUUUGCUGUGGCGAAGGGUUUCUCGGAGGAUGUUAUGUUGCAGUAUAACUUCGACAAGGCUCCUGCUUUGGUGUCCAUUAAUCCUACUUAUAAUGAGCAGAACACCUUCUAUGGUCCCUUUGAAGAGGAGUUUAUUGAUACAUUCAUUACCCAAAAUUUUCUGCCACUUGCUGUGCCGAUGAACCACGACACACUGAAGAUUUUGAAGGAUGAUAAGAGGAAAAUUGUGCUGACCAUUGUGGAGGAUGAACUGGAGGAGAAAUCAAGAAACUUGAUCAAGUUACUGAAGGCUGCUGCAUCUGCAAAUCGUGAUUUGGUAUUCGGUUAUGUAGGAGUCAAACAAUGGGGAGAGUUUGCUGAUUCAUUUGGCGACAAUGGCAAAAAGAAUCUUCCAAGAUCAGUCGUGUGGGAUGGAGAUGAGGAGUAUCAUGUGGUUCUUGGCUCAGAGAGAAUGGAGGAGGAAGACCAAGGAACCCAGAUCUCACAGUUCCUCGAGGGAUUUAGAGCAGGGCGAACUGACAAGAGACAGAUAAGCGGUCCUUCCUUCAUGAGCUUCAUCAAUUCACUAAUCGGGGUCAGACUUGUGUACAUACUCGUGUUCCUCGUCGGUGUCUUCAUGCUUAUCCAGAGCAUUUGCAAGGAAGAGCCUCUUACUGUUGGCACCCGAGACUCAGUCGAUCAUACUACCACUACCACUACAGCAUCGGAAGGAGAACGCACGCGGGACAAGGAAGACUAAUAAACUCAAGAGAACUGAUCCCCAGCUCAUGCCAUUCUCCAAAAAGAGCACGGUCAGUUGCUACUUGCUUACGAGCACCACCGAAUAGCACUCCGUUCCAGAAUACGAAUUUUAACCGAUGAUUUGGUGCUUUGAAUGUAGAAAAUGUCUAUUUAAGGUCUUUGUGGUUCUAGAUUAACUCGUAAUCAUCCACGGUUCAGUAUUCCAUUCUGCAAAUUUUUCUCGAGAACAUGAGAAUUAUCGAUAGCUGUCCUUAUCGGUUAAAUCUUUCACCGUGGCUAUCCCGGGAUAGCUCAGGCUUUUUUCCAGGUUAUGUUCAGGAGUGGCUGUGUUCUUUCAGUUCGAGCUUUUCAUCUUCUAAUUUUUGGAAGGAACUAGUACCUAGGUGUUUGAAGAGCUUCGAUCCUGGAACCCAUAGAAUCCUGUUCUUGUUUUAUUACCAUCGACUUAACCAAGGAAGACUCGAGCCGAGUUGGGUCAGGUCGAACCGAGCGGGUUAGUCCAAAUGUGUGAAAAUGAUGUGAAAAAAUGGUCCAGGACAAGACAGAGUUGAUGGUCGGUCUGGAGCUUAGCUUGUGGUCCAAAAAGAAGCGAUGUAUGGUUGAUAGAUGACUCUCUUUAUAUUGUCUUAGAACGUGAAAUUAUAUGCUGCUGCCGUAUCGUCCGAUUCCAUACAAAGUUACAAACCUGUCCACUUCAAAGCUGUACACACAGGUAGAUGUGCCAGUUAACUUCCCGUAGCUUCCUUCAUCAGUUCUUGGGUUUUAGCAGUUAUAGCAGACGUGCAUCUUACAUAGAAUAGAACACUCAAAUCAGUAGAAUGUGCCCGUACUAUGCGGACACAUCGGGCGAUUAGCACGUUUUGACGUUGAAUUGCCCUUCUGGGGCGUUUUGCAGUCAUUGGAUGUAGAGCAUUAUCAGCGUGUCAAUCUAACACAACUAAAAACGUGGGAGCUAUU